AUGCCUCCCUUACCUCUCCUCCGUCUUCCUCGAUUGGUCCUGUGCGAAGUACUCAGAUCAUUGAGUAUCGAAGAGAAAAUCAAACUUUCCCUCUGCUCCCAGAAGAUUUCCACUCAAAUCUAUAAUGAUCGUUUAUACUCUGAAAAGGUUAUAGUCAGUCUGGACAUGAUCAACCAAGGAAUCAGAGUUCACUCUGAAAAUGACAAAGAUGCAUUCAAAGUCUUCAUUGAUCUAGAUAUCUGGAAAAGAUACUAUCCAAAUUCUGGAAGAAAUCGUCAAGAAGGAUUUCUAUCUGUUAUUCAACAUCUAUUGAAGAUGUUUCAAUGCAAGAUUUCAACUGAUCUUUAUUUCAAUAACAGUGAUUCGUUUGAACCAAUUAUUUCUGAGUUGCUUGACCAACAAGUGGAGUUCAAGGCGCUUAAUAUCGUACUUGAUGGAUCAAAAGAUCAAAACUUGUUAUGGAAUCAGAUAUCCAGUAAUUUUGGACUGGUUGAGAGUCUUAAAAUCAUAUCCGAUACUACUAAUCCUGGUUUCAGACCAGUUUUUACUUCAUGGCCGCAGAAUAUUAGUAUCAGGAGCUCCUAUUGGUUUACUCUGAAAUCUCUUUUGGCGUGCACUUGCCAAAGAAUUAUACUCGGGAUGUCUCAUCUGGGAAACAAGGAUCUGGAUGUGAUACUCAAGAAUUGGAAGGCUGGAGGAUUUCCGAAUCUAGAAUAUCUGUACGUCAACAGUAAAAGUAUUAUAAACAAUGGAACGACGAUUUUGGGAAUGAAUUUGACUGAGUUAAACGGAAUGAUUAUCCAAACUGAUGAUGGAUCAAAGAAGGCAACUAUUGAACUUCUCUUCCACUGGGCGAUCGAAAUUUAUGUGACUCCACUUGAAUAA